UCAGCGACUUAUAGCGGGACUGCGGCAGGCAUUCUGACUCUGGGGGGGAACUGAAUAACUGCUCCUGACAUCCCCAGUGACACCAGUACAGUGAUCAGUGCUAAUAAAAAGCACUGACACCGUACUAAUGGCACUGGGCAGGAAGGGGUUAACAUCUGGGGCGAUCAAAGGGUUAACUGUGUGGUGUUUUACUAUGUGUGCUGUGUGUGUUUUACUAGGGAAACAUACUGCUUUGUAUUACUCUGCUAUGCAGAGCAACACAAAGCAGCAUGUCGGUGUUGACAGGUGAGAGAUCUGUAUUGUUUACACACAGACCUCUCCCCUUUCACUGUUCCUCUGCAAUCACUGGGUGCCGGCAGGGAAUC